GGCUAGUCUGUGCCCGGCCACCAUCCGGCAUGUCGUCCAUUAUACUUCAUCUAGCCCUGCUUUAUUUUUACGAAGUGAAGGUAGCUGCCGAAGUCAACGAGGAGCGUCCUCCAGUGUUCAAGAGCAUCGGGAGAACGAUAAAGACGAUCGAACAUGAGACUGUUCUCUUGCCGUGCUAUGUCGACAAUCUUGGUGAGAACAGGGUCAGGUGGUGGAAAGACGGAAUUCUGUUGGCAGAGAGCGGGCACAAAACGGUACAGUCUCCGAACGUGGAGGUCUUCGAGAACCACACCCUGAGGAUCUCUGAUGUCGCAAAUGGGGAUUCUGGACAGUACAUUUGCCAGGUUGUGAGGCCUCCUCCCUGGGGACCAAUCUACCAGCACCAUGCCAUCCAGGUCAUAUUUCCACCAAAAGUUAAGAUGCUGCCAGAGACAGAAACUGUAGAUGUUGAACUACAUCAGGAGAUCACCCUUACCUGUACAGCCACGGGAGUACCGACACCAAUGAUCAACUGGACAUUCAAGGGUGAGGAGAUACCAUUGCUGAGCAUGAGGAAUGACCUGAGGUUCACAGCCAGCUCGUCCAAAAUGAGCGGAGAAUACGCCUGCGUGGCCACCAAUGAUGUUGGGGACCCGGCUACUGCUUCCAUCGUCGUCAGGGUCAUAUAUCCACCAGUAGUUACAACUGAAAGUAUUUGGAUUCACACAGCCCCAGGAAUGAGAACGAACAUAGAGUGUGAUAUUGAAGCUUCACCCAAAGCUAAUGUUGAAUGGCUUUUUGAGAGAAAACCAGUACAAACAGGGGCGAGAAUCGUUACAUUCAAAAAAGGAAACGCUCAUGGAUUGGUGUUGUUAAAUACAAAAAUGACAGACUUUGGUUACUACACCUGUCUCGCAACUAAUAAGCUAGGCAAGAGCCAACAAGUGAUACAAGUUUCAGGACAUGCGGAUAUUCCUGUUUUCAAAGAGUCUUACUUUAAAGCAGACGAAAAAAAUGUUACCUUGGCAUGGGAGGUUGAUAGCUAUUCAUCAAUCAUACAAUAUAGCCUGCUAUUCAGACAAUACCAGAGGUCCGAGAAACCAGAAAAUUGGUCUAAGCUGGUAAUCCCUGGUGAUAUGUUUUCUAAUGGACCAAUACAUACUCAGACAUAUUCUUUAAUCGGAUUGAAACCAGCAACUGCUUAUGAAACUUCAGUAGUAGCAAGAAAUAUCUUUGGAUGGAGUAAACCUUCAGCAAUCUUUAGGUUUGCCACUUUAGGUGGAGAAAUGGAAACAUACAUAGAUUUAACAGAAAGUACAGAAGGAAGUGUUGUUAGUAACAGUUUUUUCCCAGUGGACUUCAUUCCUUUAUCAGAAGAAACAAAUUUGUCCAACUGUAACAAGAGCUUACCAAUGUUAGUAAUAUUACUCUUGACUUUCAUGAAUUGGAGGAAUUUAGAAUUUUUCAGGUGACCAGUGUGAGGAGAAUGAAAUUGUUCCAGAGCGAGAAACUUACUUUAAUAAAAAAUCAACUAAAGAAUAUGAUCAAUAAAUUUCAAUUAUUUAGAAGUCUAAGCAGAAACAGUAAUAUAUAAACAUAUUUCAAAUCUAAUUAUAGAAAUUUUAUUCAAUUUCUAAAGAUGUGCAAUAAUUCUAAAAGUAUAUAUAGGUUUAAAAUAAUUUUUAAACAAAUAUAUAAAAAAAAUUAUUAAUAAAAAUUGUUACUUGAAUAAAUUUAUAUAAUUUUUAAAAGUGAACUAUAUAUAAAAAAAGGUAAAAAAUUCAAAGAUGUACUAAAUAACUAACCAGAUGAAGGUUCAUUUCACUUAAAAUCAUCCAUCUACAAAUUAAAAUGGAUCUACUGGUCUCAGAUUUAUAUGAUUUUGUGUGUGUGUUCUUUUAACCAUCCUUAUCAAUCCUACAAAAUUUUAUUUUAAUAUCUAAAAUAUUUUUUGAGACACAAAGUUUUUUCAUUCUUAACAACUACAGUGUUAGUGUAAAAAAAAAAAAAAACCAUUAAUUUAGAAAUUAUCAUCAUACCAUAAUGAUUUUUGCUUUAAAAUAUUCAGAAAACCAACAGAUUAAGUAAUAAAAAUGAAUUUAGCAAAGUGUCAAUUAAUUGGUGCAGUCAUGACAAAGCUCAAAUUUGGACAUUUUGAAAACUUUAAAAUAAGAUUUACGGUAAACGACUUUAAAGUAAUGCUUAAUCUAUAGACUAACAAGAGCUGGGAAAAAAUUGAGCCUCUGGAGGUUAUUUGAGCAUCAUUAUAGUGGGUAAAAAAUUAUUAGUACACUUAAUUUAACUAAAAAUAGUGACAUACAUUAAGUGAAUAAUUUAUAAUUUUUCAAUUUUCAUUACAUCACCAUAAUGUUUUCACAUAAAUGUCCAGAAAGACCUAUAGAAUAAGAUAGUAUUUAUAAAACAACAUACUUAUUAACAUUUAUAUUUUUUGUGCAAAUAUCAUUGUUAUACAAUGAAAAUUGCCAAAGUUAUGAAUCUUUAAAUUUAACUUUGUUUCUCCUUAUAUUUUGGAGGUUGAUAUCUUAAAAAAUAUUUAAGAAUUAAAACAUUGCAGGGUUAAUAAGGAUGAUAAAAGGAACGAGUUAAAAAGGAAAAAAACAACUUAAAAACGUGAGACCAAUGGUUUAAUGCCUUGAAUGAUUUGAUAAGGCUUUUGGAGAUGGUACAGGAACUAUGUAUUAUGUCCAGAAAUUUCAUGAUUGUGACUAUUUUAGUUUUUUUCAGACAAUCAAAAAUCAAUAUAUGGUUAGCAUGGAACUAAAAGUGACAAGCAUUGAUGGUGUAUAAUAUGGUUGUUUUAAUUUUAAUAAAUAAUAACAACCACUCUGUUGCAAAUGUAUAUUAUAUUUUUAUAAUUAUUAAUGUAAAGCUUUAAAAUGAAUGUUUGGUCAAUUCAAGUUGUAUGCUGACAACAUGUUUUAGAGUAAAAUAUGAACUAAAGUUUAUUAAAAAGCAAAACAACUACAGUGUUAUAGUUCAAAAAAUAUAGUCAUGUUUAACAUAAAUUUCAUGAGGGUAAAAAUUAGUAAGAGCUAGUUGCUUGAUUCGGGGUCUUACUAACCUCAAGACUGAGUUACCCAGUCUUUUACAAACUGGUCUUAGGAUAUUAUAAGUUGUAGAAUAAAGUGAAUCCUGAACUAAUUUACUCUGAGGAUAAAUGGAGACAGGCAAUGGAUUUGUUGUAAGUAAGCUGCGAUAUUUUAAAUAAAAAAAAAAAACAUUAACUCUUGAAUCAGCAAACAGCCUUAGUAAACAUUAAAUAUAUUAUACACUAUAUAUGUUGUAUAACUUAUAAUUAGUUUUUAAUUUAUGUGUUUGUUUUAAAAUUUACUUGAAAUUGUAAUAGCUUUAUUAUUUAUUAAGAUGUCAAUUGUGAUAUUUAUUACUAUAAUUUCUAUUAUAAUUACUAUUAUAUAAAAUGAGAAGAAAAAGUGCAUUUGUAAAUUGUGAUAAGAAUAUAUAAUAUAAUAUACAUGUAUAUUUUUAAGUAGAAUUAAUUUAUUUUUAGUAUUAAAAUAAUUGGUAGUGUAAGUACUGUUAACAGGAAAAAAUCUAUAAGGUAAAAUAUUGAUUACAGUGUUAAAGAAUUUGACUUGGUUUGACUUGUUUUCCUACUAUUAUGUAAUUGGCACAUCCAGUUUCUAUAAGAAUAAUAUAGAUUAAUAAUUGGUUAAGUAAAAUAAAUGUUAUAAUAAUGUAUUCACUAUUCAGAAUAACAAAUAAAUAUUAUGUUGAUAUCCACAUUCAUUAUUUGAGUAAGCC